CAUAUUAUACCAUACAUAAACAUCAUUCAAGUUAUUCAACUUCCAAAAAUAUCAAAAUGACAAUUAUAGAGAUGAGGGUACACAUGGAUUGUCCUGGAUGUGAAAACAAAGUGAAAAAUGCACUUCAAAAAAUGAAAGGCGUAGAUGACAUUGAAAUAGACAUAAAGUUGCAAAAGGUGACCGUGAACGGUUACGCUGAUCAGAAGAAAGUUUUAAAAAAAGUUCGAAAAACCGGACUUAGGGCUGAGUUAUGGCAACUUCCUCAUACAACAGAAUCUCAAAAUCAAUAUCAUCAACAACACCAUAUUAAUGGUCCUAUUCAAAAUUAUGCUUCACAACCUUCCUCAUCUUAUAACUACUACAAGCAUGGUUAUGAUAGUAGUGAUCCUGGCUAUUAUCACUAUCCUUCUCAAUCUUCAAUCUUUGGCCAUCAAACUGGUGCUACUUUUAGUGAUGACAAUCCUCAUGCUUGUUCUAUUAUGUGAUCAUUUCAUGGUGAAACCAAUCAAAAUUUUAUGUAGUUUUUAAUAUAAAGUAUGAAUGAAUUGCUUUAAUUUUAAAUUUAAAAUGUACUGUAGUAAGCAUUUUCAUUUCUUUUUGGUUUUUAAUUUUUAUUUUAUUUUAAUGACUAAUGUACUUUCUUUCGCUUUGGUACUGUGUAUUUUAUGUAUUUUUUUCUG